AUAUAACUUGUGACUAGCCUUUUCUUUUUUUCUUUUAGUAUUUCUUUCUGUUUUCUAGCCUGAAUUAAUCACACAUUUUCCACUAUUUUGGUUAUUUAACGUAUUGGUAUCUUUUAUUUUUAACUUCGUGUGGUUACGUUGCUUUCUGACGUUGGUAUUUCAACAUUUAAACACCGCGUUCAUAGCUGCUAGCUAAUUAGCCUGCCAUGCUAGCUGGUUGUGAAUAUCAACAACAUUCCUGCGGUGCGGAUUAUUCAACCAGAGAGCCAAAACUUCAAACGCUGACACACUUUGGAGGAGAGAGUAAGUAGAUAAGAGAGAGAGCAGGCUCGUUAGUUAAGUAUAAGAUGUCUUUGUAUGAGGAGCCCGCGUUAAGUGGGAGCUACGGGGAUGUUGUGGGGUCGUUUCCCAAAACUUUUGGUUACGGGGUGGAGGAGGAGAGCCCCGCAGCAGCUGACAAACCGAGGAUACUGCUCAUGGGGCUGAGGCGGAGUGGAAAGUCAUCUAUUCAGAAGGUUGUAUUCCACAAGAUGUCACCCAACGAGACGCUGUUUCUUGAGAGCACCAACAAAAUCUACAAGGACGACAUCUCCGGCACCUCCUUUGUCAACUUCCAGAUCUGGGACUUUCCUGGCCAGGUGGACUUCUUCGACCCUACAUUUGACAGUGAGAUGAUAUUCAAAGGAACCGGCGCUCUGAUCUUUGUCAUCGAUGCUCAGGAUGACUACGUCGAGGCCCUCGGGCGGUUACAUCUCACCGUAUCCAGAGCCUACAAAGUGAAUCCAGACAUCAACUUCGAGGUGUUCAUCCAUAAAGUAGACGGUCUGUCAGACGACCACAAAAUCGAAACACAAAGGGACAUUCACCAGAGGGCCAACGACGAUCUGGCAGACGCCAGCCUGGAGAAGCUUCACCUCAGCUUCUACCUGACGAGUAUCUACGACCACUCCAUAUUCGAAGCUUUCAGUAAAGUCGUCCAGAAGCUCAUCCCUCAGUUACCAACGUUGGAGAACCUUUUGAACAUUUUCAUAUCCCAUUCUGGGAUCGAGAAAGCGUUCCUGUUUGAUGUUGUUAGCAAGAUUUACAUCGCCACAGACAGCUCUCCUGUGGACAUGCAGUCCUACGAGCUCUGCUGCGAUAUGAUAGACGUCGUCAUCGAUGUCUCCUGCAUUUACGGGCUGAUGCAGGAUGGCAGCGGCUGUGCUUAUGACAAAGAGUCUUCGGCCAUCAUCAAGCUCAACAACACUACAGUGCUUUAUCUGAAAGAGGUCACAAAGUUCCUCGCUCUCGUCUGCAUCCUCAGAGAGGAGAGCUUCGAGAGGAAAGGUUUGAUAGAGUACAAUUUUCACUGUUUCCGAAAAGCCAUCCAUGAAGUGUUUGAAGUCGGCACCUCACCGGAAGGCGUCAGCAUGUCCAGCAACAACCUGACGGGCCUGAAGUACGCAGCGCUGAACGGCAGCGCGGUCUAAAGGGCAGGAGAUGUGUGCAACUCUUCGGUUUACAAAAAAGGGCAGGGAUGUGGAGAAACGAUAUGAAAGCACACGUCUCCUGUCAAACACGUGGCCUUACUGUGUGAAACUGAAUGUGAAACCAGCAGGAGCUGCAACUGAUUAUCUGAAUGAUAAAAACUCAGUCUGAUCAACACGGAGAUGAAAUGUGUUGUUCAGAAAUAUAUCUUUCCAAGUAUUACAGGUCACAUGUACCAAAAAAAACCCCAAAACUAAACAGUGAUUCCUACUUUCUGCACAUUUAUGGGUAGUAAAAGUCAGUGAUGUUUACCUUCUCGGCCAGUUACUUCUGUGUACUCUGUUACAUAUAAAUACUCCUGAAAGAGACUUCUGAUCCAGUUUAAGCACUUAUCAAUAUGAGCGCGUCUAAAUCAACCGUAUUUCCAGGGACUAAACUUUCCAGUCCAAACUUCAGUCAAGUUCCCGCUCAUUUUCCUCUGAAAUAUUGCGUGCUCUAAGCCGGUUUAAUCCCAGUGUAAAAAAGAGAAAGCGCAGUGUUUGUUCCACUGUGUGUUUUCUGUUGAUAAUGACUCAUGUGACCAGCGAGCGGUGCUCUGCUCAGGAUCCCCACAGACCAGUACUGUGCCAGUUACACCAUUAGAGCCUCGGGUGAUUAACAGCAUGUUGGUCUUAAUGCAGUCUGGAAAUAACGGAUGAUGCUCUUCACUCGUACAAAGCUGCCUCGCCUGCUGACAGUCCACUUUUUGUAGCUUGUGAUGGACGUUUUGACCAAAUUUACUUCCCAGAGAUUCAAUUUCUGCUUUUCGGUGCGAGCUUUGAAUAAUAUAUAUAUGUUUUUUUUUUUUUAUUAUUGUACAUAAUAAUUCUUUAAUAAAAUAUGUUUCAUAUUUUGUUGAAUUAAACUCGACUUUGUCUUUAAAAUAGGAAUUAAAAUCUGCCA